AUGGCUCGAAAUAAAGAAGACAACCCACUCUCCACAACCCAGCGCCAUGGUUCCAUUGCGUCCCUGACCAAAAACCUACCCAGUGAAGAUUUCUUCACCGACAGCAUCCUCGAUGAGUCGCAUAUUCCAUCGCCAAUCUCUCAAAAGACCAGACCGGUGAAGCCACGACGCGCUUUCGGUACCAACAGAGCCCUUCAGGUCACCAAAGACUCCGGAAACAAAUCAAGUGGAUCGUCACUUGCCGAGUACACUGCCGCGCGGUCGAAUAGACACUUGAAACCUUCGUCUCCUCUGACAAGAAAGAAAAGUCCCAGUCCGCUUCGAACCAAUGGUUUGACCACACCACCGCAGUCGAGAAACGGCCCGAAGUUGACGAGCCCCACGUCGGAAUUUUCAAGCCCUCCCGGCGGUUUGACCGAGUCAUAUCAAAGGAUAGCGGAUGAGGAAGAUCUUGCGGCCACAGAAAGAGAAUUUCGUAGUGAUGAGGACGAUAUAGAUGACGAUCCACAAGAUGCGCUGGAGGUUGAUAUUGACGCCAAUCCCCCUGAGAAAGAAGCUGUCAAGGGAUCUCCUCCACAAACACGUACUUCACAAGAGUCGACACCGGUUCAAUUGCCCAUUGAUGCUGAGAAGGAAAAUUUACUUGAUAGCUGCAUCGAGACUGCCUCAGAACCCUCCACUUUGGACUUCAUCCGGAAUGAGAUGACGGAUAGGGUGCUUGCUGCAAAGCUGACGCCUCAUGUGAUCGAUCGCGCAAAGGACCACGCACGCCUGGAGCGAUUACGACAAAGCCGGAUACCGAUCGAUUUCGGGAAUAGUCCCAGGGCCGACAGAGACCGUCCAAGCAAGAAUUACGCACGAAAUGAUAUCGCCAGUGUCUCCAAUCGCGGACCGAUCACAUUCGACAAUGCUUUGGCACUAGGUCCAAACGGCGUACCGAAGGCUUUCUCGGAUACUAGUACCGAAUCGACUCCGCAAAAAAGAGUCAAGGCAUUUUCUCGAGCCACCAGGAAUGGAAUACAUAAGAGUGUACCGGAAGAGGAGGAUGACAGUGACACUCCUCCAGACCUUCAGAAAAGAGAGAGAAUAGUGGCCUUCAGCAAAGCAGAUCGACGAAGGACUCAGCUUACUGAAGCGUUGCAUUCUCAGAUGCCCUCGCAACCACCUAAAUUAAUUGCCUUUUCCCGAGCGAAUGGACGGUCUCGUCCCUAUGGAGCUCUAUACGAAGGAAAUGAGAACCGACAAGAUCAAACUGGCCAUUCAAGCGAAAGUGUUGCCUCGGCAGAAUCUGAGCCGAUAUCCAUGGCGGCUUCGCACCUGGAAGAGAAUCUUCAAGCAGCACGAUCAUUUCUCGCAAAAUGGCGUCAAGAGACGGCAGAGAAACGUGCCGUGAAGAGUCCAAAAGGCGCUGUCAACGAUAGUGCUCAGAUCGAUUGGGCGGCCACGGCCGCGGAUGUCCCACUGCCGUCAGUUGAAGAGAGUUCAACACCUCGGGAUACUCCUCCGCGGGAUGCAUGGCCUUCGUCGAUUCAGAAGCAGAGAUCGAUCGAUCGAAUACGGAAAUGGGAGAAUGAUUUCACAGGUCUUUCAUUUCAGGUCUCAGAAAGCCCCCCGAUACGAAGCCGGCCUAAUCUUAAUGAUACCUUGAGAGAAAGAGAGAUGGAGAAUUUGGCAAAGCAGGCUGUCACCACCAAUCGAUUGGAUGAGAUACGAGAAAAAGAUCCAAAUGUGAUUGUUCGAAAGACUUCUCGAUCAUUUGGUCCCGAAGAUCGCAGACAAACACCACCAGAAGCACACGAAAAUCAAGUGAAAACACAACAAAGUGAGUCACUGGACAGGGGAGAACCGGUUCCCGACGCCGCCGGAGUGGUCUAUACGUCCUCUAGCAACGGCGCCGAAAAGUCGAAGCCUUCUCAGAGACAGAUUUCCGAAUCGCAGAACUCCCUGGAUCAUCUACAAAGGCUUGCCAGAGCAGUCAGCAUAACUCCGCGGGCAAGUACGGUGUCGCAAGGCCUCGUUAGAGAGACCGAAGAGGAUUCAACUAUCGACAACCUUGCCCCCAAUCCAUUUUCAGAGGAUGAUGAUAGAGCGCCGCCUUCGCGUGGACCACAGAUUUCCGCGAGGAAUCAUCAAGUCGUGGAAACCCCCAAAGUGGUGGGUGCGUGGACAGAUACAAUCCUGUCCGAGACAGUGAAGGCGGAAAACAAGCAACAAAGGGUUCCGUCUUAUAUGCAGACUCCUCAGGUUAACGCCGGGGCUUGGAUUGACACUCCAUUUCCCAAUGGGAGUCGCACGUCUGUUCCACUUCCAAUGACCGUUGAAGAAGUCACCGAGGAGCUCACGAAUGGCCAUAUCGAGGAGAACGAUGAAAAUGCGAACCGGGGCCACGCCGACGAAGCGAAUCAGUCUGAGAUCUUUUCACCAGAGCAAACAGAAGCAGAACCCAAACCCGCUGCAGAAAACCCGGUUGUGUUACCACCCAGCGCGCUCACAAAUGUUUUGAACGAAGCCAAGCAAAAACGGCUAGUGUCACGUGAUCUUACCGAUGUUCGAGAUGAUACUUUGAAUUUGGGUGACGGCACAAUUCAAUCAUUUGAGGACCUGCUCAUGGACGCUGCCGAUAUCACUGCGGACUUGACGAGUCUAAUCAAAGCUGGUGCGGAAGACGAAGUCAUGGAACAAAAGAGGCUAGCACGUGAAGGUAAUGAUGGUGACCCCGCAACCGCUGAAGUGGCAUUCAUUGGCCAUCUGACUUCGAGAAUGGAACGUCUGAUGUCAAAUCUUCAUGAAGCAAGGAAAGGAAUUUCAAGGCUGGAACAAAAAGUCUCACAGACUCCACCACCUUCAGAUGAGCAAGCCCAGUUACAAGCACUCAUUGCGUCGCCGGAUCCCGGCCAACCCUGCAUGGUGUGUGGUCGAAGUGAUGAACCUCACCUUCACAAACAUGACAUUGACACCAAUGCCUUCUUCCCGAUGUCAUAUUCCACCUUCACGAUCCCGAUCCCACUCCUCUUCCACCCGCGCCGCCAGGACCGAUACCAACUCUUACCACAUCCGACAUGGCUAGGAUGGUUUACUAUUGCAAUUUGGACAUGGUAUAUUGCCGAAUGCACCAUGUGCGAGAUCUACUCCCGACCCUUGUUCGCGGAGCGAUAUAUGUGGCCAAUCCAACCGGAACCAGAGUUUCCUUUCGUUCUCCCUACAAUGCUAUGGCGGUGGACCCAUUUCGACAUGCUAGCACUGGGUAUCUUGGGUAACUUUUGGAGACUCCUAGUAGCGGUGUACAGGAUUAUUGGAAUGGGUUUGGGUUUGUCAGAUGGAUUCGUCGACGAUAAAGCCGCAGCCACAGGAUUAGCGGAAGCCACGAAAUCCGCACUCAACGCGGCUAAGAGUCUUGUUCCCGGUGGUGGCGAAGGCGCCGAUUGGAGUAUGAUGAAUGACGAGUUUAUAUGA